UGAAGGCAAAAUGGUUGUCGUUGCUUUUGUUCAUCCUGAUUUGGGAAUUGGAGGAGCGGAAAGACUUGUUGUCGAUGCUGCUUUAGCUUUAAAAACCCGCAGUCACAAAGUGCAUAUAUUCACCGCUCAUUAUGAUCCAUCUCACUGUUUUCACGAGACGAAAGACGGCUCAAUUCCUGUGACUUGCAUUGGCGAUUGGUUGCCUCGUCAUCUUUUUGGAUAUUUUUAUGCAUUGUUUGCAUACAUACGGAUGAUCUAUGUCGCUUUCUAUUUGGUUAUGUUUUCCAAAUAUCAGGCGGAUGUUGUAUUUUGCGACCAAAUAUCCGCGUGUAUCCCAGUGCUUAAACUGUCGAAGGCGAAAAUUGUGUUUUACUGCCACUUUCCUGAUCAGCUUUUGACAAAAAGACAAAGUUUUGCGAAGAAAUUAUACCGUGCCCCGUUGGAUUGGCUUGAAGAAAAAACUACAGGCAUGGCAAAUUGCAUACUUGUUAACAGUAACUUUACAGCACGAACCUUCUUCAGAACAUUCACAUCUUUGACAAAUACGAAUCCAAGAGUUCUGUAUCCUUCAUUAAAUUUCAAAGCAUACAACCAAGGAAUUGAUUCGGAGGACAAUAUAGAAGGAGUUCCAGCAACUGCCAAGCAUAUUUUUCUAUCAAUAAAUCGUUUUGAAAGAAAAAAGAAUCUGCAAUUGGCACUGGAAGCCUUCGCGAUCUUAAAAGAUAAAAUAUCGUUGGAAAAAUGGAAAAAAACUCACUUGGUUAUGGCAGGUGGUUAUGACGAGCGUAUUGCAGAGAAUAAAGAGCAUUUUAUUGAGCUGGUCAAUUUCUCCAAAGAAAACAACCUCACCGACCAUGUGACAUUUAUCAGAUCAUUCAGCGAUCAGGAGAAGUUAGCGCUGUUUGUACGGUGCUUGUGCCUAAUUUACACCCCGACAAACGAACACUUUGGUAUUGUUCCUAUUGAAGCAAUGUACAUGCGCCGUCCUGUGAUUGCCGUCAACACAGGAGGCCCUCUAGAGACUGUUAUUCACGGAGGAACCGGGUUCUUGUGCGAACCAAACAAAAAAGCAUUCUCUGACGCUAUGCAAACUGUCAUGGAGAAGUUAGAUUUAGCUAAAACGCUUGGGGAAAAAGGGCGUGACCAUGUUAUUGGUAACUUCUCCUUUGAUGCAUUCAGCAGAAACCUGGAUAAUAUAGUGAUGAGUUUGCAGAAGCACGAUGGCGGUCCCAUGCCUUUCUUUACUGUAUUAUGCAUGCUUAUUCUUUUUGGUAUUAGUGCCUUCGUUUUACUGUUUUUUUCAUCAUAAUUUAUUGGCAUCAGUUUGUGCUUUUCAAUAGAUCUAGAUUAUAUAUGAAUUGUUGGAGAAUGCAUGUUUACAGUCGCGGCAAUUGAAGCUUACACCGGGUAUUUCAUAUUCACUCGUCAAAUUUGAAUUUGUUUCUUGAUCCACUGAUCUUAUUGGUCAAUAAACCAAAAUCAUCUAUCUAUCUCAUCUAUCUAAUAAACAGGAAGGAGAUUCUCAAUUAAGGAGUUUUCAAUAAAUUGCUGCCUCGUCUUAAGGAAAGUGUUCGGAGGAAAAUUAUCCAAAUGCAAGAUAUUUUUCUGUGAAAAAAAGUUCAAAUAACUUUUACGUUGUGGUUAAUUUUAUCUUGGGAUAUAUCAAUGUGAUUGCUAAAAAAGUUUCGUCUGGAAUUGCAACUAGAUGCAAAUAAUUUGUAAUAUGUAUAAACACGAAAUUAUACCACUAAAAUCUAGUAAAA